AUGAGCCCGUUCUCGACCGUUUUUAGGUCGGACACCGCGCAACCUUUCUUUGUUAGUAAUGAUUACUUUCCGAUUUUAGGAGGAACAGUUUCCACAAUAGGCACCCAUUUUGGACUUAAACAGGUCAGAAAUAUAGUCCAAGAUUGUAUGAAUAAUAUCCACCCAAUUUACCAUAUAAAAACUUUAAUGAUUAAAAAAGAAUUAAUGAAAGAUGAAAAAUUGAAAAAUGAAAGUUGGGACAGGUUUUUGCCGAAAUUUAAGAAAAAGGUUCAUCAAAGCUCCAAAGAAGUCCGUUUAGCAAAGAAAAACAAAAAAGCAAAAUGGAACAAAAAAUCGGAAUAUACCCCAUUCCCCCCACCACAACAACCACGUAAAAUAGAUAUACAAAUGGAGACUGGAGAAUAUUUUUUGAAUGAAAAAAUAAAAGAAAAGAAAAAAAUUUUGGAAAAAGAAGAAAAAGAAAUUGAAAAAAGAAAAUUAAAAAAAGAAGAAAAAUUGAAAGAAUUUAUACCUCCAAAAGAAGAAAAUAUUAAAAUUAAAUUUAAUAAAAAUAUUAAGGAGGAAGAAGGAAAGGAAGAAUUAAUUGAGAGGGUUAAAAUGAAGGCGAAAAAGAGAAGGGAAUUAAUGGAGGAAAUGAUGGAAAGUUGA